CUGAGUUCCACCUGACCUGCGACCAAGCGUCUCCCCCCCCUGCACCUCCGCCAGGAGCACCGGGAGGUGAACGACGCAGUGUCCCGUACGCACUGCAGACUGCAGCGAGCAGGAGCGCAGCGGACGUUAUUCUCUCCAGUCGAGCCCGCAGAGGUCCUGUCCGCCAGCUGAAAUGGUUUCGGGAGGAACCCGAUACGUCCAACUUCUUCCACUACUCUUCGCAGUGUGCCAUCUCACUUUGGCCCUCCCUACCCAAAACCCAUACACUCAAGAUGACACCCAGAAGCUCCAGGUGAGCAUGCUCCACCCAAAGUCCCUCUCUGCCUCACUGGGCGGCUCCGUCGUCAUCCCCUGCCUGGUGUCCCUGUCCCCGACAUCAGCCUCCACCCUUCCCCCCUUAUUGCCCCGGGUGAAGUGGAGCGUGGUGUCCAACGGGGUGGAGACGGAGAUCCUGGUGGUGCUGGGCGAAAGGGUAAAAAUCAGCGAGUCCUACCGGGAGAGGGCCGUCCUGUUCAACUACACGUCCUCCUCCGAGGACUUGUCACUGCGGCUGGGAAUGUUGCGCGCCAGCGACUCGGGCCACUACCGCUGCGAGGUGCAGCAGGGCCUGGAGGAUGCCAGCGACCUCGUAGAGCUCAAGGUCAAAGGUGUUGUCUUCCACUACAGAGACGCCUCGGGCCGGUAUGCAUUUUCCUUCGACAGCGCCCGGAAGGCCUGCGAGGACAUCGAAGCACACAUUGCCACUCCCCACCAGCUGCUUGCGGCCUAUUACGACGGCUAUGAGCAAUGUGACGCUGGCUGGCUUGCAGAUCAGUCCGUCAGGUACCCAAUCCAGGUGCCCCGCCAAGGUUGCUUUGGAGACAUGGAUAGCCGACCGGGAGUCAGGAACUACGGGACAAUGGAUUCGGAGGACCUGUUUGAUGUGUACUGCUAUGUGGGGAAAAUUGACGGGGAGGUGUUCCAUGACCCUAUCCCACAGCAGUUGUCAUUGGACGAAGCACGGUCAUACUGCAAGUCUGCAGGCGCACGGCUUGCGACGACAGGUCAACUGCACUUGGCGUGGAGUGAGGGACUGGACCGGUGCAGCCCUGGCUGGUUAUCUGACGGCAGUGUGCGCUACCCCAUUGUCACCCCAAGGGAGCGCUGUGGAGGACCUCAGGCUGGAGUGAAAACUCUGUACCGCUUCAGCAACCAAACAGGCUUUCUAGAACCAUCCAGCCUUCACGACGUUUACUGCUUCAAAGAUUAUAAAAAUUCCCCCACUGACUCUCCAAUGGAUUACAUGGCCACAGAAUCUGAAGACAUCGGACAAGACAUAGUCAUUCUUAUGGAGCCAGUGGAAGAACUCCAACUGAGUCAAAACUCAGAGCAAGUGGAACGAGAGGCCCAGAGUGUACUGGAAUCUCUCCCCAUUUUUCCAAGGCCCUCUAUCAGGGAAGACCUGGUUGAAACACCCCCAACAAUUAUGCCAAGCACAACUGAUAUUCCCUUCAACUUCACAUCCUCCUCUGACCUCCCUAAGCCUUUUGAUGAAAUGUCAUCUCUUAUAGAAAUGGAGUACGAUUCCCAACAUCCUACUGAAUUACUGCCGAGUGCCACUAAUGAGACAGACACCAACAGUACCCUAUACUCAACUCCAUUACUGCCUAUUAAAGUUUUGACAGAUUCUCCCCAUGUAGAGAACAUUAGCCUUCACCAGCCUGAAUUUGAAAACACCCCAGAGUUCCCUGAGCCAUCAUAUGAGCCCCAUAGGCAUUACCAGCCAAUGCCAGAUACAAACCUUGAGGAGCAUGAAUCUCAGCUAUCUGAUGGUUCCAGACACUACCAACCAAUGCCUGAAACCAACCUGGAUUGGGACAGAUCCGAAGCCAAUUACAGUAAAGCAGAAAACAACCAGAGUAAGACGGAAAAUAUGACUAAAACCACCCCUAUGACCCCUGACUCCUUGUUUCAGUCGAAACUGGAAGAGUCAGUAGUGCAAGAAACCAACCAAACAGCUCUCUCAACUCAGUCCCCAGCUGAAGUUGAGGAACUUGUUACCCAACAAGCUCAAGCUACACUGUUCCCCCAAAAGGAGCUAACCUCAAUGUGGCUCUCGCUGGAGGGGUCAGGAGAUAUUUCUCAAGAGAGUGACCUCAGUGUUGGAAUGGGCAGUUCUCCAGCCCCAACGGAAUCCUCUACAUCUGAUUUCACCUCUCAGCCAUCACCUUCAGUAGUAUCUACCACCAUCCCUUUUGAGGUACAAACUGGAUUUCCAGAUCCUAGCAUCUCAGCUAGCCCAAAGCAUUCUGAAGAACUGGGCCGGGAUGCAUACUCCACACCGGGCCCCCUCUGGGAGUCCAUCCCUAGGCAGGAAGGCAGCACCAGUUUGGAAUUUGAUGAUACAACCUCUAUGGAGAAGGUGUAUUCCUCUGUUGAAACACAGCAGCCACAGGUAAAAUCUGAAGAGCUCCUGGAUUUUGGAACAAGUUUAGCUACCACUGCAGCUCCAGAAUUGUCCAACAGCUCCCAACUGCCCACCAAUUCCUCCACAACAGAGUAUCAAACGUCAUCUCACAUAUUACAUGUGGAUCCUACAACUGCUACCAAUGAGGAAGGAAGUGGGCAAGAAUCUACCACUGUUGCACCCACCCUAGAGGAGGAGAUUACAGUGUUCCCCUUCAAUUCCCAAACAUCUGACUGGGCUCUACUGUCCACUACCUAUGCACCGCAAGAGUCUCUAGAUGAUCUUGAAUAUAGCAGACAGCCAUCUUCUAUCUCCCCAGUGGUGACUCCAGAUUCCUCACCAGAGUCGGACCUCUCAAGCACAAAACCCACCACUGCUACCAUGAUGACAACUACACAGUGGUCCAAGCACACCUGGAGUCCAACCACCACAACGCCAAAACCUUUCCAUGACUCUGCUGAACUGCAAAUGGUGACGGCCCACAUACCACCAGUGGAUCAAGGUCGUGUGGAUCAUGAGUUUAGUCUGACCCAGCCGCCCACCCUGCUUAUCUUGCCCAAUGAGAGGGCUGCUGUGGGUGGUACAGGGAAGCUGUCAGAUGCCUGUCUGGAAGAUCCCUGUCUCAACGGCGGCACUUGUGUGGAAUACAACGAGGGCGUCAAAUGUCUUUGUUUGCCAAGCUACGGGGGCGAAUUCUGUCAGACUGAUCUGGAGGAGUGUGAGCCGGGCUGGGAUAAGUUUCAGGGCUUCUGCUAUCGCCACUUUAGCCAGCGUCUGAGCUGGGAGGUGGCCGAGCAACACUGCCGCAUGGUGGGGGCACACCUGGUGUCCAUCAUGACCCCGGAGGAACAGAGUUACAUCAACAGCAACUACAAGGAAUACCAGUGGACCGGACUAAACGACAAGACCAUCGAGGACGACUUCCGUUGGUCUGACGGCAACCCGCUGCUCUAUGAGAACUGGUACAGAGGCCAGCCCGACAGCUAUUUCCUAUCUGGAGAAGACUGCGUCGUGAUGGUUUGGCAUGACGCCGGGCGCUGGAGCGACGUGCCGUGCAACUACCACCUGGCCUACACCUGCAAGAAGGGAACCUCCACAUGUGGCCCACCACCCAGGGUCCAGAACGCGUCCAUUUUCGGGAAGGUCCGCCAGAGGUACACUACAGAUGCAGUUGUUCGCUACCACUGCAGCGAGGGUUUCAGACAAAGACGAACGCCUUUGGUCAGAUGCCUCCCUGGGGGCAACUGGGAGAAGCCCCAGAUCCAGUGCAUCCCAGAGGCCGGAGUCUCCACCAGCGCCCCAGGAGCGACAUCGUCGACCGCUGGGAGCUUCGGCGGCGUUGAGGACGAGUUCGAGACCACAAAGCAGCCGCCACAGUACUGGGAUAUUAAGUUUUAAAGCCUCUCCUCGGCCUCGCCCCACCUCUUUCACUUCAGAUUUCACUGUCGCAGCGGGACGUGGAGGAAGGAGCCCGACGCUUUUACCAAUGAAUGCUACGCAGAAUGCCGAGGCGGCGUGACGCGCGGGGUCGCCACGAACCAGCCGCACGCGGAGGCCACUUAACAAAGCACAGAUGUUUUCAACCCGUUUUCUUAAGGGGGGUGGUCGUCGCCUCCCAUCUCCGCCUAACGUUUUCUACUCUUAUUUCCUCGGUUCAGUAUAAGCAAUUGCACUAUGCGCCACGAUAACCGUCCCCGCCUCUAAUUAAACCGACUCCAGCCCGCACACAAGCAAUAUGGACAUCUCCCACCCUAAUGAGAGCCACGCCCCUAACGAGAGUCAAGAGCUCACGCGUAGACACAAACCCCACAGACUUGAAAGGGGGCUGACGUCACCUGCCGCCGCCCUCUUCCGAAACGGUGGUCCGCCGACCUCCGGUUUCUACCGCAGCGGUCAUACCGGUUUCCUGUUUGCUGGCGCGCGCCGUCGACGCUGGCAUAGUUCCCCGCGACGUGCACAGAACAGAACUGUCGACAAACUUCCAGCCGCACCUGCCAGCAAACGGGUGAAAAGUGCCAAGUUGUACGUAUCAAGUUACGUCCACAAUCCCGUCCGUCCGCUCAUCCUCACAACUGUGGACGUAACUUGGUUUAUCCACGACAAAUCUUGCAGGUAUCGCGAUAAAUAUAGCACACGCCAACCAACAGGAAACUGGUACGACCGCUGCGCUAGAAACCGGAAGUCGAUGGGCCGUCCCGGUCGCUGCCCCACCCUCUCUGCCGAUGUUUUCACCUGACAGUGAGGAGUUUCGCCGGGGGGGGGGGCGUAGCGCGUGGGAGGGUCACGCUACCCCCCCCCUCCCCAGUUCCAACCUCCUCCCUGAACAGGCGCCCCGACCGACCGGAGGAGGCGCUAGUGCAGCGACCGGGACACGUUACCCACAUCCGGUUUCCCACCCGCGGACACGGCCGACUGCGCAGGUCUGUUUUCUAUCUCCGUCGUUGCCUAACGCGUCGUACGUGAGGCGUUCAGCUUACAACCCCCGCUGUUCAUCCAGGGGGGGGGGUUCUGCCUUCCAGAUCCGAUCCCCCCCUCCCCCGGACCGGUUCCGCUCCCGUGCCACCGGAGCGACAAGGGGGGGCCGCGCGCCACGUUCACGUGACCGACUCGCGGCAGCCCUUCCGCUGCCACGCCGAAGGACGCUUUUUUUCCAAAAACGGUGCUAACGAUUUUUAAGACGGUUUUAAACGGGAGAGCUUUGUUUUUACAACAGCACGGGGGGAGGGAAGAGGGGGGGAGGAGCACCCUCGAAAACUCCCUCGACGCCUUUCUGUUUAUUUCGAGAGCGACGUCGAGUCAAAAGGGGCACGACGACAGUCCGCGUGCCGGUCCAUCUCGUGGCGCGGAGGCGACGAGACACGAGCACAGUUCUUCGUCGCGAAAGAAAAAAAAAAAGGAUCCGUUUCCCCACUUAUCCUAUUUCACUCACGUCCCACCAAAAAAAAACAGCUUUUCUUACCUACAGACAACAGUUUUGUUCGUCGGCUUUAUGUUGUAAUAAAGUUUUGUGGAACAGAGCACUGAUUAAACGACACACACGUCUUUCCAAACCCUCA